AUGGCGUCUUCCAAAGCUUCUAUUGCUGUUAGUAGCCUACAGCAGCAGAAAGAGCAGGUUAUUGAUGUCGUGUUUCUCUGUGACGAAUGGAAAUCUUCGAAAGGUGGAUUAUCAACUUUCAAUCGAGAAUUUGCUAUUAACUUGGCAGAAACGACAACUAAUAGCAUGAAAAUCCACUGCUACGUCUCGAAAAGCGAUGAUCAGGACAAAGAAGAUGCCAGGCAAUACGGCGUAAAUUUAAUCACAGCUCGAAGUAUUCCUGGUUCAAUUGACUCCCUCGAGUGCUUGAAAUUUCCACCCCCAGAGCUCCCAAAUCCUCAUCUGGUGAUAGGCCAUGGAAGAAAGUUCGGCAGAUGUGCUUAUUUCCUAGUACAGGCUACAAAGUGUCAAUGGAUACAAUUUGUCCACGUUUAUUGUGAGGACCUUGGGAAAUAUAAGAGACCAACUAUGGCUGACAACGAUUUAAUAGAAGAAAAUGAGAAGAAGCACAAGAUGGAAAUCGAGUUGUGUAAAGCAGCGGAUGCAGUUGUCGCUGUUGGCUCACGUCUACAACAGAAGUACAGUGGAAAUCUGCCAACUGUCCAAGUGGAGAUUGUUACCCCUGGAAUCUUCGAAAAGUUUUCUUGUGAAUCACAGUUUGCUUUACACAGAUUAGUAAAGAACUUUCGUGUGUUCUUGUUUGGCCGAGCUACCUUUGAGGAUCUUUCCCUUAAAGGAUACGAUAUUGUUGCAAAUGCCAUAGGUUCUCUCGGUAAGAACUUUACACUGACAUUUGUUGGCUCACCUCCUGGUGAACAUACAAAAGUUGAGGAGUGGUUUCUUAGAAACACGUGCAUCAAACGCAACCAGCUAACCAUCCGUGGUUAUUGCAGUGAUCCAGAGGAACUCAAGACGAUGUUCUAUCAGUCAGACUUGGUCGCUCUCCCUUCCCGUACCGAGGGCUUUGGGCUGGUUGCCCUCGAAGCCAUUUCUGCUGGCGUUCCUAUUCUUGUUUCUGGUGAAUCUGGCAUAGCUGAGGCUUUAGAAAAGGUAGAAGGUGGAAACACUGUCAUUGUUGAAUCAGAUGAAGACGUAGGUGAAUGGGCACAAAGGAUUAUAGAGACGUCUGCAGAAAGUGCAGAAGAGAGAGAAACCAAUGCUAAGAGGCUGCGAGAGAACUACAGGAAGGUUUACUCUUGGAGAACAGAAUGUGCAAGAUUCAGAAGAAUGAUUGAAAAUGUAAUGAAAACAGCUAAUGGUGAGCUCAUUGCAUUUACAUCUGUUUUUACUCAGAUUUGCUGGUAUUUUGUGUUAUGUUGUAAGUUAAAUCCAAGGUAUAUUUAGGCCACAUAAGAAAGAGGGUCCAACAUAGGUUUGCUAAGAUACAGUAUGAGUCACCCUAACUCAAAUAGACAUUGGCAAGUCUUUACAUGCUUUAGAAACAGGCUUGAUUAAUGCUCCUGUGCAAAUUGGGGUUGACAGGCCUAAAUGACUCUAUAGUGUCUAAUUUUCUCUGUAUUUAAGUCACAAGUGUUUACACAAUUCCAUAGUAUAUCCAGUUUUCUCACCUUCCUUAUAGUUUUGCUCUCACGAGUAUGUUUGAGUGAACAUCCCUUUCUGCAUGAUGUUACUGCUGGUUUUUGGAAGAUUUCCCUAUUGUAAGUAAUGGUGGUUGCUGUACUAAAUGCACUUGCUCAUAAGGAUUUCCAUAAGGUUUGGAUCUGUUGAAUAGUCUUGUGGUAUUACAAAGAGCAAGAUUUGAUUGUUUGUUUUUCCCUGUUAGAAGGCCCAUUUUCAUCAUUCAAAUUUCACUUCUGAGAGUGUCAAUAACAUUUUUUCAGGUACUCAGUGUUGUUUCUUUGGUUUUCAACUGUCCAAUGUUCACUUCAAAUUUUUCUUUUGAAGAAUACGUCAUGGCGAGUCAUAACACCUGGCCUCUAGUGAAGUCUUUCACCCUGUAGGUAACACAUUGUGUAGAGUGUGUAUUAGAAUGUUUCUGUUGGUUUGGAGUGGGUUCCUACAUUGAAACUAACUCCCUGUUGAAUUUUCCACUCUUAGAGAUAGUGGUGUCUAAGAAAGUAGCUUCUGGAAAGAUGUUUCAGCAGUAAAUUUGAUUGUUAGGUGGUGUUUAUUUCCUCGUUCAAUGAACUGGUGGCAAGAUAUCUGUUGGUAUACAAGAGAGAGAUCUUGUAGUUGAUAUAGCAUUUCAAACAAGCAUCUUUACCUAGGAUUAGCUUCUGGAUUUUAGUCAGGAAGAUAUUUGCAAAAGUCACUGCCAUUUUGGUGCCCAUGCUUUGGUUCUGUGCUUUUCCAAGUAAUUUUGUUCCAUGAAUUGGGAUGAGCUUUCCUGCAAAACCAGUCAAUUGAAAGUGCUUUCUCUAGUAAGCACUUUGGAAUGGGGGAAGGGGAGUGGGGGUAUAUUUGUGUAUUACCCUUUAACAUCCAUUGAAAUGAGUAUCACUUUUUUUGGAAACUUUGUCUUUUCUGUGAAGUUGAUGAAAUCUGUUGUACCUUUGAGAUAAAGCCUCUGUUUUUGUGCAAUCAGCUGAAGAAUUUUAUCUAACCUGAUAGCUUUUCUGUUCCCCUUCUUUUCUAACCAAACAGGAAGGGGAACUAAGAGAUGACACUAUGUUUAUAACAAUGACCAUGCAAGCAAGCCAGUGCAAGUGCAUGUUACAAUUUUCCUUUAUAAAAACAGGAAUUAAAAGUCACAAAAUUUCUUUGCUUAAAAAAACCCGUUGGUGAGCAAAGUUUUUAAAACCUGAUUGAAUCUUAAAAUAGCCAUUUAAACUGCAAUUUACAAUAUUGAUGCCCAAUAGUUUGCAGGCAGAUCAAUGUAAUUCAUUUAUAGAGAACUGGAAACUUCCACAUUUAAUGGCAUAAAUGGUGGUUUUAUGACUAGCUGUGCACACAUACAGCUUAAAGAACAGUAGUUUUCUAAUCAAUGCUGGUCUAAGAAGCAUGUGAAACUGUUAAUAGACCAAUAGUGACAACAUGCAUUUAGUAAACACAGUCGUCAGUAGUAAAAACACAAGGAAGUUGAAAUUUCAUUUUUUUGUAUUUAAAAUUUGAUGGGCUGGACUUGAUGGUUUUUUCACAUUGGUUUGUAUAAUUAUAAUCUUUGUUUGAGAACUAUAAUACUAAUAAUUUAUCUUGGAAGAAGAAAGACAGAAACAAAAGUAGCUAUAAACAUCAUUUUGAUCAAAGUUUAUUUUUAACCAUGACAUAUACCCUGUAAGUGUGAGAAUUACGUCACACUAAUUAGAUAUUUUCAUGUUUUAAAUUGUUUUCAUAUUGAGAUCACUGAGAGUUUUGAUGAUCAUCCGCAAUGAGCUAACUUAGCAAAAUUAACUGAAACAGCAAUAUUUGGUAAUAAUUUUCAUAGCAGUGAAAUGUUGUUGGUUUCUAUUCAUUGCAGCUCUGUAUGUUUGACAUUGUUGUACCUAAAUCAUAUUUUACUGAAUGGUCAAAUAGCUGGGAGGUGAUUAAAAAAACAUAAACUAGGAUCAAAUUUGACUGUUUGGUACAAUUCAACAGAUGAGGAUUUGAACAUAAAGGUUGAGGCAGAAGAGUGUACACCUAACGAAACCAAUAUGCCCACUACAACCGUACCAACAGAGUCAGGAGGAUGCCAGGGGGUUCAAUACCAGAGGGCAUCUGCCAUGUUGCCUACAGAGGGAAGUCUGUCUCAAUUGGAAACAGAAGAUCCUCAAGCACUCAAAGAUAGAGUAUUGUGCUCAAUUGCUAUGAAUUACCUUAAGACCACACCACCACAGUCAAUAGAAGAGCAUAAUAUGUUUAAGGAAUACUUAAGAGAACUGAGGGUCAUUUUUACAAGUGCCUCUUUAGGAAGUUUGGUGAUAUCAGUGAAGUGUGAAUCUCUCCAAAUCUUGGAGAAAUUGUGGACAGAUUAUUCAUCUGGUCAUCUUGGUAAAAUGGUUCAAAAUUGUUUUGUGACUGAAAAGAUCUUGAAGGAAUUUAAGCUGACUGAGCUAAAGCUGAAAACAACAAUGGACAUAGAAGAGUACAAAGCAAGGAAAGUUUACUUUGAGAGAGUUGCACUUAGAGGUUAGUCAACAGAAAGUUACAUAAGACAACUUAUCUUUUCAAAAAAUAUUUAAUAGGUUUUUUGGACACAAUCCAUCACUCUUUCACAAUGGAGUACCAAAGGGUUUUAAGGUAAAUGCAAAGUUUCCGAUCAGGACAGAACUUGUUGUAUGAUUGAACAAGCUUGUGUUGGCUAUUUAAGUCCUCACAGUGCUAGAAGUGAUUUGUUUACAAGAUAUUGGUCUACCUUAGUAUAAAGUUUCACUAUUAGUUUGUUGAAUUCUCUUUAUUUGUUUAUUUUUUGUUAAUAAACCUGGCACCAGCAACCUGUCAUCAUUGUUUAUAAAGUGCUUGUUUUCCUUGGGUUUUGUUUAAUUUUAUUUGUAAUUAUUCAUCAACUUAAUAUGGAAAAUGGGUGAGCAAAUAGUUUUGGUCAGCCAUAAUUGUGGUGGAGUGAUUACGAACAAAGGAAUUGUGAAUGUGGUGUCUCUGAAGAAAAAUUAGAUCUUUGUUAUACAGUCAACCCUUGAUUAUCUGGACUUUUUGAUUUUCUGCACUUGCCUCUGUGGUCCAAUUUUUGUAGUAAAUUAUAAAUAAAUCACAAUGCAGUUUUAAGUGAAUGGCAAGCACAAAUUUGUUUUCUGUUAUUUUUUCUCUCAAGAUGCUUUGUGCUCUCAGUCAUACUUCAACAUUUCUGAAGGCCGUGAACCACAUUUGGAAAAAUGGAAACAAAAGACAGAAGUUGGAGAGUCAGAGAAAAUGAAAGGUAACUGCAAGAUUCAAAUUUAA